AACUAACAGGUUCAAUCAGAAUCAUGCUGCCGUCAACAUUCCCAAGGGGAAGGGAAUGGGGGCUGUCCUUGCCUGUGCAUGCUGGUCGCCCAGCAGGCUCUCUGAACAGGAGUAGGGCCUGGCUUUCCCCGCCUUACACGUCCCUCUCCUAUGCAAGCAGAGGGACUGGGAAAGGGCUCCUGUCCCUGAAGCUGGUUCUUAGCUGAGUAAUGAGUGGGAAAGCUAGUCCGAUGUGAGAGGAACGUCUAGGUCUAAAUGCUUCAGUCAGAAAGAGCUGGGAGACCUGGCUCUCCAUUUUCCAGUAUCAGCAGCCCCAAACUUGUGUCUGUUGGCUUUCCCAGAGGAAGGGAAAUUAAAAUAGCUACGUAACAUCCUCAAGACCUAAGAAAAAGAUCAAAGGGUCAGAGAUGGAGCCUUGGGUUCCCCAGAGGCCAUCUCAGCCACAACGGAGGCCCAUGGUACCAUUGAUGGACACAAACCAUGGGCUUCAGAGUGGACAUUAUAGACACCGUCCUCAUCCUCAGUACAGUGGAGAUAAAUACCACCAAUGGCAAGAAGCCCACAGGAACUCAAAGCCACAGCAGGAUCCCAGGACGCAGGACCCAAGGGCGCAGGACCUCAGGGCUGACCAUCAGGAGGCCCACUAUGUACCCAGGCCUGGGGAAUGGUCUCAACCUGUGUCUGGAGUGGAUUACUUGGGAGGACCUUAUCCUACUCAGUUGUACUCAAGGUCAGGCUAUGAGGACCCCUAUCAGAGGUACCACACUCCAACACCGAGGGAAGAGUAUGUUUAUGGAAAUUAUUACUACCAUAGACAUCCACAGCUACUGCAAGAAGAAAGAGAGGGUGCAGUGGCAAGGCAAGGGAGUCCUUACAUCUGGAAUGAAGAUUCUGGCGAUCAAAAGUAUUUCAAUGAGCAUCAUCGUGAAAAGCGCAACAGUCCCUUUGGAACAAAUAGUGAGACUCAAUUCCAGCUUACCAGCAAGAAUCCCUAUGAAGACAGCCUCGCUUCUGUCUCUGGACAGCAACAGCCUGGGGAGUUCUUUCCAGAGAGGGAGGCCCAGAAACAAAAGCCAUCACUGACCGGCAGGUCCAACCUUCUCCAACAUCAGGAGUCUGGCCUCAGCUCUAGCAGCUAUGAGCUCAGUCAGUACAUGGCAGAUGUCCCUGAGUAUGAACCCAUGGGAUCAGUGGCUUGGAGACCUAUUCAGGCUGAUGAUGCCUCAGCAGCUGUUCCCAAGGCACCCAUGAAGUUUUAUGUUCCCCACGUGUCCGUGAGUUUUGGGCCAGGAGGCCAGUUAGUUUGGGUAUCCCCCAACUCUCCUGCUGAUGGACAAACAGCCCUCGUUGAAGUACACAGCAUGGAGGUUAUCCUUAAUGAUUCUGAGGAUCAAGAGGAGAUGAGAGGUUUCCCAGGACCCCUCAUUAGGGAGGACAUACACAAGGUGGAUAUCAUGACGUUUUGCCAGAAGAAAGCAGCUCAGUGUCUCAAAUCUGAGACACCAGGGAGCAGGGACUCAGCUCUACUUUGGCACCUGCUGGUUCUCCUUUGUCGACAGAAUGGGUCCAUGGUGGGCUCUGACAUUGCUGAGCUGCUGAUGCAGGACUGCAGGAAGCUGGAGAAGUACAAAAGGCAGCCCCCAGUGGCCAACCUCAUCAACCUGACAGAUGAGGACUGGCCGGUGCUGAGCUCUGGGACUCGCAACCUGCUCACCGGGGAGAUUCCCCCCAGCGUGGAGAUGCCAGCGCAGAUCGUGGAGAAGUUCACCAGGCUGCUCUACUAUGGAAGGAAGAAGGAGGCCUUGGAAUGGGCUAUGAAGAACCACUUGUGGGGCCAUGCUCUGUUCCUAGCCAGUAAGAUGGACCCAAGGACCUACAACUGGGUCAUGAGUGGCUUCACCAGCACACUGGCCCUCAACGACCCCCUGCAGACCCUCUUCCAGCUCAUGUCGGGAAGGAUUCCACAAGCAGCCAUGUGCUGUGGAGACAAACAGUGGGGAGACUGGCGGCCCCACUUGGCUGUGAUCCUGUCAAAUCAGGCUGGGGACACCGAGUUGUACCAGCGAGCCAUUGUCAGCAUGGGGGAUACCCUGGCUGGGAAAGGGCUUGUGGAGGCUGCUCACUUCUGCUAUCUCACGGCUCACGUGCCCUUUGGCCACUACACGGUGAAGACAGACCAUCUGGCCUUGCUGGGCAGUAGCCAUAGUCAAGAGUUUUUGAAGUUUGCAACAACCGAGGCUAUCCAGAGGACAGAAAUCUUCGAGUACUGCCAGAUGCUGGGCCGCCCCAAAUCCUUCAUCCCUUCUUUUCAGGUGUAUAAGCUCCUUUAUGCUUCUCGGCUGGCAGAUUAUGGCCUGGCAUCCCAGGCCCUGCAUUACUGUGAAGCCAUUGGUGAGGCCGUCCUGAGCCAGGGAGGGAGCAGUCACCCUGUGCUAUUAGCAGAGCUCAUCAAGCUUGCAGAGAAACUGAAGCUGUCAGACCCUCUGGUUCUAGAAAGACGCCCUGGGGACAGGGACCUGGAGCCAGAUUGGCUAGUACAACUGCAGAGGCAGCACAAGGAACUGGAGCAAAGUAAAACAGGAGACCUUGGAGACCUCAGUUCUACUCAUUCACAUAUUUAUGGAGCCAGAGAAACAACAGACACUUCCUACCAGGAUCUUCCAGGAUAUCAAAGCUAUGCGGGAGACCCUGGGUACAGCUCAGUUCCGUGGCCAACACCUGAGCAGACAGGCCUGACCCAGCCCAUCCCACCACAGCCUUUGCCCCUGCAGCGAGAUCCCUACUCAGAGAGAGAAGGUUUGGGGCACAUGGGGACCCAGGUGCCUCUUUAUUCGGUCCCUGCAACCCACUUGUCAGUGACCAGUGGCGACGGCAGCAACAGCAGCGUGGCAGUGAGAGGGGCUCCUGGAGCAAGGGCUGGGGAGGAAAUGCCGCGAACACAUCCUUCCCUUGGGGAGAACACAGCCCCUCAAGAACCCCUACAAGAUCCCAAUGGUCUAGAAGUCGUUUCCAGUCCUCGGGCACUACCAGCUCCCAGGGCUCAAAGGUUUUCUGAGGAUUCCACAGUUUCAGCCAAGGAAGAUGAGGGGGGCUCUUCGGAUGGGGCAGACGAACCAUCUCACCACGAUACUUCACAGAGAGGAAAGCCAGGGGAUGGGAAAGCGGCUACAAAGAGCUCUGGAUUUGGCUGGUUCAGUUGGUUUCGAUCAAAGCCUGCCAACAGUGCGUCCCCCUCUGGAGAUGAAGACUCCUCGGACAGCUCUGACUCAGAGCAGGAGUCUCCCAGCACAUCACCUCCUCACCAUACCGGCCUGGGUCUCUCACCAACACCUCCACUUGAGUCCCCAUCUCUCUCAGAUGCCAGCACCUCCUCUAGAGGCAUAGGUGGGAGCAAUCCACUUGGAUCUUUGAACAGCAGUGGGAUAGCUGAGGUCACUGGGAUUGGAGGCUUCUCAGGGCCACAGCCACAGGGUGUUUCUUCUGAGUUCUACUCCCCGCCAGGUGCUCUGCCUCCUCCACCCACCUUGCAAGGUGCUGUUCCUCUCUACAAUCCAUCCCAGGUCCCUCAGCUUUCUACAGCUACUAACCUGAACCGGCCAAAUCGCCUAGCCCAGCGCCGCUACCCAACCCAACCAUGCUGAGAUGAGCAUUUGUUCCAGGCUUGUGAGAAUGACCACUCACCCAUCCCGGCCUCAUCUCCUGGAGCACCUUUGCUUCCAUUGCUCUCCACCUCUUAGUGCCCUGCUCACCUCAUGUUCAGGGACUCACUGUGAACCACAGAACAAGGGCUACCUGAAGUUAAAGGGCAGGAUCUCCCUAGACACAACUUGGUCUAGUCUUCAGCUUAACUUUAGAGUGGUGGGAACUAUCUCAUCGGAUGGAGGAGCAGGGGAUAAUGUUGAUUGUCACGGCAGCUUGACAACCUGCCUGGGGUGGGAGCUUGAGAACCUCAGGAAAGUGAGGGUCCUGAGAAUCCUAUGACAAGAACCAAAAUGACGCUACUGGGCUAUGCAGCGGGGACUUGGAGCAACAUCCCAGAAUAGCUCGCACUCCUUCCUUCGACUUGCGUAAAGACCAGUUUAUGGCUCUUGUUAGCAAAGUUUUUACAUUGAAUUUGAUUAUUGUUGCCCUUCAGUGAUUCUUUUUUCAAUGACAUUUCAGCAAUUUUCCUCCUGGUCCCAGUUUUGAGCACAUUUUCUAUGUGGUUCAGACUAAUUAUAUUUCUCUCACUUUCUUAGCUGGUCCUAUUUUUUUCACAUUCUGACAUCUGGCUAUCAAGUUAGAUUGCUGUAGGCAUCAUAUUGUCAUGGUAACUACUGAACCUAAUGAUGCAGAUGGAUGGAACAUCAGUAUAAUAAAUAAUGGAAAACGUUUCCUAAAAACGUCAUCCUCUCCAGAAGAGGGGAGGAAUGGGUGUCUCAUAUUGUUAAUACCUGCCUUCCUACCUCAGGCCUUUGCAAAUGGAUGUUCUGAGGGUCACUGGGGCCCGAUGGAGGAGGGAGAGAUCUUGGAAAUUUCCAUUUUUUUUCCUUUCAAACCUCAAAUAGGAAUGAUUCUUGCUGUUUGUCAGAUUUGCUUUAAAUUGCUCCUCACAAAGAACAUUUUUUGUACGUGUAAUUGUACAUAAAAGUUUUGUACUUUAAUGUACUAUGGUUCUGAUGUUGAUAGCGAUUAAAUCCAGAUAAUUUUAUAGCAAA